AAGCCACGAGAGACAACUCCUCCACUUUUCCCCCUCCUUAUUUCUCUCUGCGAUUUGCACUCUGAGGGACUAUGCCGGUAGUUGGCGUUGCAUCGAAACUCCGGCAGCCGGCUGUGGGGUCCAAACCCAUCCACACUGCACUGCCCAUCCCCAACCCUGGGAGAAGCAGCAUGGCACAUGGACUGACACCCAGGAGCUCGGAGCUCAGAGUCACGGAAUCUUCUUUGCUCUCCUGUCAGCUGUCACUCAAGACGGAGAUCCAUGAUAGGAGGUCAAGCUUGGUCCCAGCUCCAGCCACAACUUUGGCACGCAGCAGCAGAGAAGCAGAGGAGAGCAAGAUCUGCAAGAUCUACACUGAUUGGGCGAACCAUUAUUUGGCCAAGUCCGGCUGUCCGAGGCUUAUUAAGGACCUGACUCAGGACAUACCUGAUGGAGUUCUGCUGGCAGAAAUCAUCCAGAUAAUAGCUAAUGAGAAGGUAGAAGAUAUCAACAGCUGCCCCAAGAGUCACUCUCAAAUGAUUGAAAAUGUGGAGGCUUGUCUGAAUUUCUUAGGGGCCAGAGGAGUCAGUGUUCAAGGGCUCUCUGCUGGAGAGGUGUGUAAUGGAAAUCUGAAGAGCAUCCUGGGUCUGUUCUUCAUCCUGUCCCGCUACAAGCAGCAACAGCAGCACCAGCAGCAGUACCUGCAGUCGUUAGUGGAGCUUCAGCAGCACGUCACACAUCAGACCACAGGGGCGGCACCAGCGAGCCAACACAAAACACAAGACAUGCAGUCCAGUCUCACCGCACGAUAUACAAGUCCACCAGGUCACAGUGGAAUAGCAGCCCCUCAGAAGAAAAACACAAGGUUACCAGGUCCCUCCAGAGUCCCCGCUGCAGGCAGCGGCAGUAGUAAAGCCCACGGAUCCUCAAACCUGAACAGACGAAGCCAGAGCUUCAACAGUAUUGACAAGAGCAAACCACUUCAGUAUGCUAGCGGCAACGACAGAGAGUCGGUGAAGGGCAUUCCUCUGCCAGGCAGCAUGAACGGCAGUGGCUCGGUGCCUUACAGCACCAGCGGGCAGCAGCUGGCCUCUGCUAUCCCCUCUCCCACUGCUGGAAAGACCUGGCGCAGCAAGUCCAUGAACAUGAAGCACAGUGCCACCUCGUCUAUGCUGGCCACCAAGCCGCCCAGUCCAACCGCUUCCCCAACCCCUCCCUCAUCGUCCGAUCGCCUCCGUCCCCCAAUCACAGACUCCUCCAAAUCAGCCCCCGGCAACCAGCGCUCCAUGUUGGAGAAAUUCCGGCUCAUCAACCCUCGAUCCGCAUCCAGAACCUCACCCUCAGUGGCCGAAAUGGCUCUCCAGGAGGAGGACGAUUUGUCAGAGUUUGGAGAUGAGGGGACCUGCAGUCCCACACCACCCUGCGGGAUCUCAAAACAGCAGGGGAAGACCCCCGCAUCCUCCUUUGCACCCCCAAACAAGACCAACAACUGCAAGAACCACAACAAUAAGUCCUUGCCACAACCCAAAGACAACGAGGACAAGAACAAGACCAAGAGCAAAGCAAGCACACCACCCAAAGAGGAGCCAGUAAUAGUUGAGCCCUCUAAGAAAGGCUCCAAGAUUGGCAGCCUUAUCCCCAAAGGAAGCAAAACGUCCACAGCCUCUGUGAAGAAAGAAAGUGCAACCCCCGCCUCUAGCGGCAUCCCCAAGCCUGGUCUGAAGGCUCCAACAGCAACUGCCAAGCCUGCAGCUAGCCAACCCAGUGUACCUGCAACUAGUGUACCUGCUACAGGUGGUGAGAAAACCAAACUUAGUAAAGGUGGUCAGUCUAUAUAUAUGCAGAGAUCUUUGGCAGGAUUGGAGAAUCGGAAGACCAGCAUGGUGUCAUCAACAAGUACCUCAGCGCUUUCUGGAUCCGCCACAUCUGGGCUGGGUGGUGGAGGAGCUCUAGGAGGUAAUGGGGCAGUACAACUUCCCCAGCAGCAACAACACAACCAUCCCAACACGGCAACCGUCGCCCCCUUCAUGUAUCGGACGUAUUCAGAGAACGACUGCACUACUGUGGUCCCCCUUGAACCGUGUCUCAGUCCCUCAAAAGACCUGGUCUACAGCAAGACCGCCAAACAGUGCCUGGAGGAGAUCUCAGGAGCCGAGUUUUCUGUGUUCCAGGGCGGCAGCCCGCCUCGCAAGUCAUCGCAGCCUCUCCCAGACAACUUAAACCUCCGCAAGCAACGUUCUCUCGGCAAUCUCGUGCUGCUUAGCGAUGGGGAGCAGAGGGUUUAUGCCUUUGAGCUGAAUGCACCUUGCCCACCUUCGACAUCCUCCGGGACAUCGUCUUCGUCGCCCUCACCCCAACAUGGCCGAGGUAGCACCCGAAGACAUCCGGACAGCAGCACCCGAGCUCGCUCACUCUCGCUGUCCCUCACCAAGGUGCUUUCCCAAUCCGAACACUCCCUUAUUCCUGUGCCCUGGGGUCGUAAGUCCAGCCGGAUGGCUCCUGCGCUUCAGCACCAGCGGCCCGAGAUGGUGGAGAAAGCGGGCAGCUGUCGUAAAUCGGAUGAGGACCCCGAGGCAGGUCCGGCGAGCACCGGAGGAGACUGGGAGCUUGAGAGUGCCAGGGAGGAGAAGGCACAGCUGGAUAAAGAGGUUAUACUCACUAUGUUGGGAGACCUGGAGCAGGUUUUGAACCCACAGACACGCCGUAAGUGCAAUGCCGCAUAUACCCUUGAGACAACAUUCGACACCACUGUAACUACAGAAGUGAAUGGUCGUGGCCUCCCUGCCCUUUCAAGCCGCUCCUCCCCAAUGUCUUGGCGUCUCGGCCAAGCGUCGAGCCCCCGUCUUCAGGCCGGCGAUGCUCCUAGCUACGCUACGCCCAGAUCCAGUGCCAGCACCACUGCUCGCUAUGGUGACCCCUCGAGGUUGUUAUACACUGCCCCCCUGAGGAGAGCGGCCGCCUCAGGGGUUCGAGGGUCAGAGCCGGGAGAGAAGGGUGGGAUUUCGGAGGCGGGGCCAGAGGUGGAUGUGACCGGAUACAGUAGCGAUGGUGACAUACUCGCCAAGAAUGUACACGCAGAUGAUAUCAGUGGGUACCACACAGACGGAGGCCUUUACUUUCGGAAUGUCGACCUCUACUCUCGAAAUGUUGGACGCCCACCUGAGAUGCCACCUGCUCGAGAGGUCGUUCAGAAAGGGGUCAAAGAGAUGCAAGGGGAAGACAGCUGGGAUGACAGUAGUUCAGUCAGCAGUGGUUUGAGUGAUACUUUAGAUAACAUCGGCACUGAUGAUCUGAAUCCACCCACGUAUUCUGGCAUCUCAUCUCGCAAGAGCAAAGCAGCACAGUCAAAUAAAGAUACGCACAGACAUACCGAGCAGGAUGCUAGCAGCUGGGCUGGUGCUGAGGAUCUGAAGAAGGUUGAUGAAGAUAUGGAGCCAGGGAUGGACAAGUGGAAGACUUCAUCCCCUUCCUCUUCAUGUCAGGGUGAGGAUGUUGGCCAGAAGACAGGUUUGUCCAUGUCUCAAACAGGCUCCUGGAGGAAGGGCAUGAGUGCCCAGGUUGGCAUCACACCACCACGGACCAAAGGCACAUCCACCUCUCUCAAAACACCAGGUAAAACAGAUGAUGCCAAAGCAUCUGAGAAAGGCAAAGCCCCAUCUAAGAGUCCAAGUAUUCAGCGCUCACCAUCAGAUGCGGGCAAGAGUAGCGGAGAUGAAGGGAAGAAGCCACCCUCAGGCAUUGGUCGGCCGCCUACCACAAGUUCCUUUGGCUUUAAGAAGAUUCCAGGUCCCACUGGAGCCCUCAUCACAGCCAGCGGAGCAACUUUGGCAAGUGGUUCUGCUACUUUAGGCAAGGUACCCAAGUCUGCAGGCAUCGGGAAGGGCACAGGAAUUGGCAGUGGGCGGAAGACGAGUCUUGAUGGUGCUCAACACCAGGACGACACUGUUUUGUUAGGUUGUGGAGGCUCAAAGGUUCCACUCCAGUAUCGCUCCCUACCUAGACCAGCAAAGUCAUCUAGUGGGGGAAGCAGCGUGGUGGGCCGCAGCGGGCAUCGUUCUAGCUCUAGCAGCAUUGAUUCAAAUGUCAGUGGAAAGUCUGCGGGAGGCAGUGGAGGGGUGGUAGGAACCCCAACCAGCACAAAGAGAAGAGACCCUGGGAAAGUAAGCUCAGGACGCUCAAGUCCCAUCACCAUCAACCAGACUGAUAAAGAGAAAGUGGCAGGGUCGGAUCAGGAGGGAACAGGGUUGUCUACCUCCCCCAAAUCCAGUCCCACGUCCACCCAAUCUGGACUCAGACAGCCAGGCUCCAAAUACCCAGACAUUGCAUCCCCCACAUUCCGCAGGUUGUUUGGCAGUAAGGCCAGCAGUAAACCCAGUUCCCCUGGCACCCCUGACUCAAGUAAAUGCCCAUCGGCACUGGGCAGCCCUCAUGGCACACUGGCACGGCAGGCCAGCCUGGAUUCACCCUCCUCAGGAACAGGUAGCCUGGGCAGCAUGGGUGGGCAGAGCGGAGGCAGCAGCCCGCUAUACGGCAAAACGCCCGACCUGUGUACUGACUCCCCGGCAUCUAGUCCGGCGUCAGGCCUCUCUCUGCCCUCUAACACCCGGCCUUGGCCACCAAACCUCAGCAGUUCAUCUGCGGCCAGUAAAGACACACUGAGCUGCCACAGUAUGACCAGUUUACACACAAGCUCAGAGUCCAUAGACCUGCCGCUCCCACACCACCAUGUGCCAAAAGUCACCCGCACAGGCAGCGUCAAGUCCACCCUCUCUGAGGGCAUGCCUCUUGACAGAAACACUCUUCCCAAAAAGGGAUUAAGGUACCCUCCGUCUUCCAGACAGACGUCACAUGAGGAAGGAAAGGAAUGGUUGCGUUCUCACUCCACUGGAGGACUGCAGGACACAGGAAGUCCACUUUCACCACCGGGCACAACCAGCACCAACACUGGCAAAUACCACUACUCAAACCUGCUGAGCCCCACCAGUAUGUCGCAGUAUAAUCUUCCCAGCACCAGUAUGAGCCGCUCAAACAGUAUUCCAGCACAGGACUCGUUUGAGCUGUACGGGGAGGGACACACUUUGGGGGGCAGUGCCACCUCGCUGGAGGAACGACCACGUGGGAUGAGCCGGUCCGGCUCCUUCCGGGACAGCACAGAUGAAGUUCAUGGUUCUUCUCUGUCUUUGGUCUCGAGCACAUCCUCUUUGUAUUCUGCGGUGCUGGCAUUUUUAGACAAGACGGAGGAGAAGGCCCACUCGGAGGGCCAAACAGUCCAAAAUACAACGCAAAUCAGAAAACUGCGGAGAGAGCUGGAUGCCUCUCAGGAGAAAGUGGCGACCCUGACCUCUCAACUGGCAGCCAACGGACACCUGGUGGCGGCGUUUGAGAAAAGUCUGGCGAACAUGACCUGUCGACUGCAGAGUCUAACCAUGACAGCGGAGCAAAAGGAAUCCGAGCUUGCAGAGUUAAGAGAGACCAUUGAGGCAUUGAAAGCUCAGAACACAGAUGCUCAGACGGCCAUUCAAGUGGCCCUCAACGGCCCCGAUCACGUUGAUAGAGCAGACCUGAGGAUCCGUCGACAGCACUCGUCAGAAAGUAUGUCCAGUAUUAACAGUGCAGCCAGCCACUCCAGUAUGGGUAGCGCUAAAGAUGCAGAUGACAAGAAGAAAAAGAAGAAAAGCUGGGUGGCUGAUUCCAUCCCUGCCCAGUUGCGGAGCUCCUUCAAGCAGGCCUUCAGCAAGAAAAAGACCAACAAGCCCCAGUCGUCUCACGAUGAGAUUGAAGAGAUGACUGAUUCCUCCCUUCCUUCUUCACCCAAACUACAACACACCAACAGACAGACCAGCACCACCCAACCACUGUGCUCAUCCCCUUCCACCACUGAACUGUGUGAAUGUACAGAGGCCGAGGCAGAGAUUAUCCUCCAGCUGAAGAACGAGCUGAGAGAGAAGGAGCUGAAGCUGACUGAUAUCAGACUGGAGGCGCUAAGCUCCGCCCACCACCUUGACCAGAUACGAGAAGCCAUGAACCGCAUGCAGAAUGAGAUUGAGCUGCUGAAGGCCGAGAACGACAGACUGAAGUCCAGCGGCAACACCACACCUGCUGCCACACCUGCUAAAACAGCCCGUCCCCCUUCAGAAACCUCCAGCACAUCCUCCUCAUCGUCACGGCAAUCUCUGGGGCUGUCGCUGAACAACCUCAACAUCACAGACACCAUUAUGUCAGAUAUUCUGCUGGAUGAUGGCUACGAGGGCAAUCUACGCAAAGAGGGCAGAAGUGUCCGUAUAGUGGUCACCAUCAACAGCGACUCCAACAAAACCAAGGCAAUGCAGAAGAAGAAGUAUCUGAUUGGCUCCAUUGGCGUCAGCGGCAAGACUAAGUGGGAUGUUUUGGACGGUGUAAUACGACGCUUGUUUAAGGAGUAUGUGUUCCGCGUGGAUCCAUUGACCAGUUUAGGCCUGAAUUCGGAUAGUAUAGUGUGCUACAGGAUGGGGGAUGUGGUCCGAUCUAAUGCUUCUGAGGUUCCUGAACUCUUGCCGUGUGGAUAUCUGGUGGGCGACAACAACGUCAUCACAGUCAGUCUCAAAGGUGUGAAGGAGGGUAGCAUUGAUGACCUGGUGUUUGACACACUGAUUCCUAAACCCAUCAUUCAACGCUACUUAAACCUGCUGAUGGAGCACCGUAGAAUUAUCCUGUCUGGUCCCAGUGGAACCGGUAAAUCCUAUCUAGCCACUAAAGUAGCUUACUACAUCAUCUCCAAGACUGGUCAAGAGGUGACCGACACUAACCUGGCUAGCUUCAAUGUGGACCAGAAAUCCAGCAAGGAUCUUCGGCAGUACCUUUCAAGUCUGGCUGAGCAGUGCAACACAGAGGAGUGUGAGAUCGAGCUGCCCUCCGUAGUUAUUCUGGAUAACCUCCAUCAUAUUGGCUCCCUUAGUGACAUCUUUAAUGGAUUCCUCAACUGCAAAUAUCACAAAUGCCCGUAUGUCAUAGGAACUAUGAACCAGGGUGUGUCCUCAUCUCCAAACCUGGAGCUGCAUCACAACUUCAGGUGGGUGCUGUGUGCCAAUCACACUGAGCCAGUGAAGGGCUUCCUGGGCCGAUUCCUGAGAAGAAAGCUGAUUGAAACUGAGAUUGAUAAAAACAUGCGCAGUAACGACCUCAUCAAAAUCAUCGACUGGAUUCCAAAAACCUGGCAACACCUCAAUUCCUUCUUAGAGGCUCACAGCUCCUCAGACGUCACUAUCGGUCCUCGGCUGUUUCUGUCCUGUCCGAUGGAUGCGGACGGCUCACGUGUGUGGUUUACUGACCUCUGGAACUAUUCUCUGGUGCCAUAUCUACUGGAAGCAGUACGAGAAGGACUGCAGCUGUAUGGUAAGAGGGCGGCAUGGGAGGACCCGUCCAAAUGGGUGAUUGACACCUACCCCUGGAGCUCCGCCUCCCUGCAGCAUGAAGGCCAGUCACUGCUGCAGCUGCGGCCGGAGGACGUGGGCUAUGAUGGCUACAGCUCCUCUAAAGACGGAGCCACCUCCAAACAAGUGUCUCAGAGCGACACAGAGGGAGACCCACUGACGUUCAGAGAUUAUAAGAUGAAUAUGCUAAUGAGGCUACAGGAAGCUGCUAACUACUCCAGCGCCCAGAGCUGUGACAGCGACAGCGCCAGUCACCACGACGACCUGCUGGACUCCUCAUUGGAGUCUGCCCUCUAGGCCCUGCCCCAUUAGAAGAAGUAGUCUUCUGAUUGGUUUAAAAACAGAGCAAAGGGCCCACAGGACUUGUGCUUAUGAAACAGGCUUAUGAAACGCCUGACGCCUCCGGUGGUAAAAGGAUGCAGAGUCCAGGAUACGGCGAAUGAAAAGGUGCUGGUGGCACACACGACACUGGCGAAAAGUGUGUGUGCCCACAUAAUUAAAAAAAACAACAACUGGAAUUUGAAUUUGUUGGAGGUGAUCCGUUAGUUAAACAUGUUUACAGAGGCAAGUGUUUAUUUUAAAUUCACUGAGGUGCAAAAACCUAAAGGGCAACAUUCUGAAUUCUGACCUCAGUCAAUAAACUGGUGCUGCCGUGGUGCCAAAACCAACACGCGGUUUACACUCAUCUCGCCAGCACCAUUCAUGAAACGCCUCUAGCCAACAAGCACAAACGUGCAACGUGUCAUUACCGCUACUGUGAAAUCAUACGCAAAUUCGCAAAUCUCGUUUCACUGCCAAGCGUAUAGUGACCUACAGCACCCCUGCACCACACCGUUCCUUGCAGUAGUCUUUCGUUCGACCCCACGGCCGUUUGCAUAGUUUUUUCUCUUCUCCGCAGGUACGAGGCAACCGCUUGUAGGAGAGUGUACCAGCUUUGUGAAAAAGACCAGAAAAUGGUGCUUUCUUGCUGCCUUAAGUGUGCUGAGCUCUGAAGACAUUUAAAUGUGGUGCCACUGUCCUUUUUCGCAGAAAUGAUGGCGUAGGACAGAACCGAUCAGACAUUUUCCUAAAUAUGCCACGUCCACAUAUUUUAUUUUUGUUACAAUUAGUGUAAAACACGGCAUUGUAAAGGUCCAAAUGUAUAAAAGUAAAAAAGAUCUUUAUGUAAUCCCAGCUGAGCUGGGAUCACUUGAAUCGAGAGCACAAAUCCGACGCGUCGCUUCGCUAGCAUGCUGUUUUUACUUUGCUAUAUGUGUGUACUUGCACGCGGAAACGUUUUUCGCUCCCGUGCGCCAGUGUUUGUGUAGUUGAAGUUCAUUCAUCCUUUCUUUUGGAUGAGCUGUCUUGCACAGCCUCUUAAAGAUGCACUCUGCCCGGUCGGUAUUGCGUUUCUGCUCUUCUAGUCUAGCAUUACGCUCUUGUGAUUUACAGAGAAAAAAAAAAAAGCAAACCAGCAACCUGUCCAAACCGUAUAUGUCUUGUAAUGACUGGUUAUUAUACAGAGCUCUAAACUGUACAGUGAGAGGUGAAGUGUUUUUCAAUUUCAGAAAACUUUAGUGUCAGUUUACUGUUCAAGGGCGUAAAAUCAUUCAAAGCGAUUCACUGUUUUAUCUUCGCAAUGCAUCAGAGCCCAACCAUAUCUAACUCGCAUAACACUGUUACACUUCCUGUCCUGCAGCUUUCAGAGACACUGGUCCCUUUGGACGUAAACCUCACUUAAAGACCCCAUGAAUGUUUUAAUGUAGAACCCGACUGCCGAAAAUAGCCAUUCUAAAGAGCAUCUGAUUGGACAGAAAUGUGUAUGCAUCCUUAAAUGCAGGAUCAUUUUUGAUCUAUUGUGAUUCAAAUAUGUUUAUGAAAGAUAAAUACUGUACAUUUUAAAUGUGUAUAUCUGCUUAAAGUAUUUCUGACAACUUCUAAGAGUACAAGAGCAUAUAAAUGACCUCAAAACUAAUAGACAGACAAAAAGCCACAAAACUCUUCAUUUUGAACUCGUUUUUUUUUAACAAUUCAUGAGUAUCAUUGCACUAGAUAACACAAUCAAAUCAAGCGGCAUGUAUUUUGCAAAGAAACAUUUCACAAAGUGUGUGACGUUUUUAAAUAAUGAACCAUUACAGUGUUCAAAAGGAAUACAAAAAGUAUUAGAGGACACUUUCUGGUCGUCAAACAGAAGAACUAGACCUGUGGUUACUUUGCUCAACUAGUAAAUCAACAAGAGACAAAAACAAGUUAGUUGAAGGUUUAACAUCAUUUGUUAUGAAGAUGCUACUCGGUUUGGUGUUUUGUGUUUUGUUAUCUAAUAUAAUGAUACAGAAUUCAAGUUUGACUAAAGUCUCUGAAUACUUCUUAGGGCCACUGUAAAUCACUUACGAUUAAGCAAAAACUUUAAACAGAUUACCCAAUUUACUGUGAGAGACUUUUCAUUGGAUUAUAUUUUAAGAGUUUGCACAUGUUUACAGUAAAUUAAUCUCUGUUUGCUUGAUGUACAUGGUCAGGAGAUACAAGGUGUUUCAUACAAGGUGCUAAAGGUGAAUCAUUGAAAAGCUUUGCGUCUUAUACGAUCAAGCCUUUACCACAUCCAGCUUCACCUUCUGACUCAAACUACUUUUCGCAAAGUAACUCAUCCUCACUGCCACAGUUUUACAGGCUUUAACCUUCCAGUCUUUCCAAUCUACCUUUUUGUUGAUUCAGGAAACUGCUUCUUUUUAAUUCCUCGGCACUAUACAGCGGUGCUAUGUAUUAACCUCCAAACUCUGAGACUCUGUGCCUGAUGCUUUGCUUGUCAACCAUGUUCAGUGUAAAACUACUCAACAGAAACAUUUAUAAGAAGUGCAGUAAAGGUUUCCAACUGCCUACUGGUCCCUAACCUCAAACACAAAUAGUGAUUGUCCGUGGUACAUCACAAAUCAUCUUUUCCUUUUCUUCAUGUUAUUGCAAACACAUCUCUCGGUCAGCGCAUAACAUUGAACUACUUUGAAAAUGUUUCUUUUCAGGUGGAACAUUUGUUGGUAGAUGUUUUAUAUUUUGUACAUUUGUAAGUAACAUAUCAUGUAAAUAGAAAGAGACCACAAUUUAAUUCAUCUGGGGGAUUUUGUAGUCUUUGUAAAGCCCUAAUAAAUGGUAUUUGGUGUC